AUGAAACAGAGGAGUAGUUGUGCCGCGUCCGCCGCCGCCACCAAGACCCCGUCUGCCGGCACCACCGCCAACCGCCGCCCCGGCCAGACAGCCCGCCCCUGGGUCGGGAUAAGAACGAUUAAAGACCACCCCUCCGACGUGGAACCGCCGCUGAGCGCGAAAGCCGUGACAUGGAAGCCGCCACCGGGUGAUCAAGAGGAGCAGGCCAAGGCUUGGUAUGACGAACCCACCCGAGCUCGCAGUCGGUUACUCGAGACCGAGAAUCUGCGCCUCAAGAAGCUCUUGCGAGAGCAUGGUAUCUCCUGGAACCCCUGGUGA